AUUUGUAAUUUUAGUGAAUUGAGAAUUACAUAGAUUACUAUAAUGGGAGAAUUAAAAGAAUUUCCAUUCCUCGUCGGAACUUCUGGUUUACUUGUGAUAUCAUUUAUUUUUGCGGUUAUUGCUGUAGCAACAGAUGGAUGGUAUGACGUACAGUCACUUCCAUUUCUUACAGAAUACAACUCAGCAACCAAGACUGAAAAAGAAGACUUGUUGUGGUUGGUCGGGAUUGUGGUCCUCAUUCUGCUCGGAAUCAUCUGUUUGUGUUUCACAGCAGUAAUUAUUGUAGCUCGAUUUUGUGGACACAGUAGAGGACGAGUUAAGCUUGGUGGAUUUCUGAGCAUUUUUACAUCUGCUGUUUUCAUCGUCGCUCUGAUAAUAUUUAUGCUUAGCUUUCCGCCAGCAGAAACAUCUUACGGGUACUCCUUUGGACUAAUGUGGGCUAGCAUUCCACUGAGCUUGGCUGGAGGAAUUAUAAUGAUGUUACUUCCAGAUGAUGCAUUUCUAGACUCGGAGAUAGUGACUUACAGUGCUGCGGGGCCGAAGUAAUUGAAUUGAAUAACGUUGUAAUCUAUUGAUCUUUUCAUGAUUAUACACUAACAAAUACUACUCUAGAUGGUGCUGCUCUCAACUCAACUUAAAUAAAAUAGAAUAAGUGAGGGAUAGACUCCCAUGUUUUGUUUGUUUUCAUAGGAUCUGGCAUUUCACCAGGCUAUGAAACCAAUCAUUCUUUUUUGUCAUCCAUUACUUCUGUUUUUUCAUACUUCAAAAAAAUGUUUUAAAUUAAUUCAAAAAUAUGUGCAUACUCUUUUUACCUAAUAGAGAAAUAUACUAUGACGUUUAUACACACUUUAUGACUGAAACGCAGUUUUUGUUAUAUAUCACAAUAUGCCACAAGAUAAAUAAACAAAAUUACUCGUAUCUUCGUAAAUUCUCCGACAGUGUCCAAUAAAUUUUACCACGCUCUUAAAUGAUAAUACCAUUUGUGUUCAUACUCGUAGCCGAGUAAUCAUAAACCAGUAUUUGAUUUUUAAAUUGUAUUACAUUUGUACCGCUUCCUGUAUUUGUAAUUAAAACAAUAUUUACUUUG